AUGGACCCUAACGAGCAGUACUUCGAUUCGGCAAAGGAUCAAGAGCCCUUUCCAGCUCCGCAGACCAAGUCGGCCAUUGAUGACUCCAAACUUGGCGGGUUCGUCGUGCAUGGCAUCGAAGACACUCCCGGCAAGAAAGCCUACCUAAUCCGCCUCGAAGCGAAACCGGGCAAGGAGGAACAGGUCCAGGGCUUCCUGCAAGACAUUCACAACGGCGUCAACAAAGAGCCUGGAACUGGUCCAUGGUUCGGGGCGCGCUACUCCAAGACCACGUUCCUCAUCUUCGAGGCGUUCCCGGAUGCCGCAGCUCGUCAUGCUCACGAUGCCGGGCCCGGAGGUCAGAACUUCUUCACUCGCUCGGAUGAGCUGAAAGAGAUGCUGGCGUACCCAGCUCAGUUAUAUCGCAUGGACAUCAUGCACGGCAAGUUCAAUGUAUUCCUUGGCCAAGAGAUUGCAGAGUUGUCAUUGGUCUAG